AACCAUGUUGCUCAUGCGAUCUAGCGGCCAGAGUUUGCGAUAUUGACAAACUUAACGGGCGGGCGACAACGCAAUUAUAGCGUCGCAGUUGUCAACUGUGUGGAUAGUUCGACCACUACAGCUUUCAUUGUCAGUAUAACAGAUGGAGACAGUGUUGUUGGUGUUGGUGACCAUCCUCACCAUGGUCUAUCUGUGGUUCAAAUACAAGUACAGCUACUGGAGCAGUCGAGGACUACCUCAACCACCAACUGUUCUUGGUUGUGGCAACAUCCUCGACUCUCUUCUCAUGAGGAAAAACAUCGGUCUUGUUUAUGAUCAGAUUUACAGAGACUAUCCGGACUGUGAGGCGGUCGGAGUGUACAGCAUCUACACACCUCGUAUGCUACUCCGCAGCCCACAGCUAAUUCAGAAAGUCAUGGCCAGCAACUUUUCUCAUUUCCACGAUAACGAGUUUACCGUCUCAAAAAAGCUUGAGCCUUACUUCUAUGAAGAUCCAUUUUGCCUCAAAGGAGAGGAAUGGAAACACAAUCGAGCCAAGAUUGUAUCAACAAUGACUUCAAGCAGGAUGAAGGAGAUUUUCCCUUUCAUGAAAGAAAUCAUUCCUCGAUUAGAUGCUUAUCUUCAAAAACACUUUGGGAAAGAUUUAGAGGCAAAGGAAUUGGCAACACUGUUUACUAUGGACAAUGUAUCCAAUAGUGUGUUUGGCAUGAAUAGUGACUGCUUCACAGACCCCAAUGCUGUGUUCCGCAAGGUUGGCUAUUUGUUUACUAAGGAAACAUUACAAGUCUGGUGGAAGACCACCAUUCUACGUCUCAUGCCAAGGCUUCGAAACUUGAUCGGAUUGAGGUUUGUACCAACUGUAGUUAAUGAUUAUAUAGAAUCAGUUGUGAAAGAAAUGGUCCAAUACAGGCUGAAAAACAAUGUAAACAGAAAUGAUCUAUUUCAGUACUUCAUGAAGAAAUCAGGGGAUGAUUAUAAAGAAAUGAUGUUCUACUCAAUGACAUUUUACCUGGAAGCAUCAGAAACUUCAUCAAUGCUUGCAAGUCAUACACUGUACGAGUUAGCUAUGAAUUCUCACGUACAGGACAGACUGUUCGAGGAACUUCAUGGAGCUUUUGGCGAUAAGGAAGAUAUCGACUAUGAAACUCUCAACAAUUUGUCAUAUCUGGAUAAAGUUCUUCUAGAGAGUCACAGAAAAUAUCCAGCUAUAUUUAACUUGAUUCGUGUAUGUACUAGAACAAUUGAUCUUGAUAUUAACGGAAAAACACUGACAGUGGAAAAUGGAACUCCGAUGGUAAUUCCUGUGUUAUCUCUACAACGUGAUGCCAAGUAUUAUCCGGAACCGGAUGUGUUUGACCCGGAGAGGUUCAGUGACGAAGUCAAGCAGACGAGACCCCAGUACACAUACUUGCCGUUUGGAGAGGGGCCAAGAAUUUGUCCUGGUAUGAGGUUUGCGCUGACACAGAUAAAGCUGUUUAUUGCCCACGUUGUGUACAACUACAGGGUACUGCGCUGCGAGAAAACACCCGAGAAGUUGACUUUCGCAAAGGGAGCUUCCCUGGUAAUCGCUAAUGAAAAAGAGUGGAUUCGAAUUGAAAAGAGGAGACGGGAUUUAUUGAAAUAAAACAAAAAUGUAUUGGUUUUACAAACUGUUGUAUUGGUUGUGGUUGGAAUGCUAAGAUACAAUGUAAGGAUGGAAACCUUGUUUGCAGUUUACAAGGUGGUUUCUGUCAGAAACAUUACACAUACAGAAAUACUGUCCAGUGCUACUCAGGUUUUGUAUCUUUUCUUAAUAGUUCUUAAGAUUUAGCAAUUCGGCAGAAAUGUCAUUCGUUUUAAUAAGAAUUUGUUUGAGCUCAUCCUAUUCCUUUUUAUAUUGGAAGAUUUUUGGGAUUACUAAUUCUGGUAAUCAGUAAAACGGAAACAUUUUUGCAAAAUGUUUUGAUCAGAUUAACUGAAUAUGGAUGGACUGUCCAUUCGACUAUUUACUGUUUGCCCUAGUUCGAGAAGUAGAGGUCCCUUAUUUUAUCCAUUGAUAAUGCAAACCCUCUUGGUUGUACUGAAGUAGUUGGAAACCGUUAUUAAAACACAUGCAUGAUAUAAACUAAUAAAAAAUACACCAUAAUAUCGAAUAUGGGUUAAAAUGUAUUACCCCAAGAGAUCUUCAUUCGCACUAGUGCUGCUACCUCUCUGACCUUGCAAUAGAGUUGGGAUCAUAUGUUUACAGUAGACCUGACAGAAGUAAGGAAUAGGCCCGGAGUAUUUUUGUAACGUUUAAAAUGUUUCAUAAUGAUAAUCAUCCAAAAAGUGUAUUUCUUCGUGUUCACUGGUAUACGGUAUUAUUCUAAAAUAGACUAUAGCAGGUUAUUAUUAAAUUAAAGUGAUUAUAUAGAUGUGUAGUAAACAUGCAAUUAGACGUAAAAUUAUUAUAUUAAUAUGAUUGUAUUAUAAUUUACGAAUGAUAGAUUUUAUUGUUUAUACGAGAGAGUACAACAAUAAAAAGUACAAUGAGUGUAUUAAUUUAUGAUAUUUCCCAGAUAAGUUUACUUGAGAAUGUUUUGCUAUUAUUGUUAAUAUUAGUAUUAUGAUUUA